GGAAGAAGUAGGGCGUCACUUUCUCGGAAUAAACCACUUGGCACAAAAAAAGCCCUAGCCCCCUUCAUUGGAACAUUAUGACAAGAAUCUUUCUGACAGGCGCCACUGGCUAUAUUGGCGGCGAUGCGCUGCAGGUGGUGGCGGAGAAGCAUCCCGAGUACCGCAUCACUGCACUUGUCCGGUCAAAUGAGAAGGGUCAAUUGGUUAAGAACCGCUUCCCAUCAAUUGAUCUUGUGUAUGGCGACCUGGAUGAUUUCGAUUUGCUCGCCGAUCAAGCUAGCUGCGAGCAUGAAGGAGCUGCACACGCCAUUGCGGAGGGCCUUUCUCGCAAACCAGCUGAGGCUCUAGGGUUUGUGAUCCACCUGUCCGGGUCUGAUCUUGUCUGUGCGUCCGACAUCAGCGCAGGGACUCACGGUGAAGAGCGGGAUGAGAUCUUCGACGACUGGGAUGGCCUUGAUAAAGUGCUCACACCAACGGAAAAUGCGCCCCACCAGCAAGUUGAGCUCACCAUUGUUGAAGCUGGCAAGAAAGGCGCGAAAACCGCCAUCGUUUGCCCAACGGCCAUCUUUGGCCCGGGACGAGGCCCUGGCAAUACGAGAAGUAUUCAGGUACCUGAAUUGGCAUCUCACAUUUUACAGAGAGGCUCUGCCUUUUCUGUUGGAGAAGGGAAGAACAUUUGGAGCACACUCCAUAUCCAUGAUGUAUCAAACCUGUUCUUGUUGCUCGUUGAGGCUGGCGCUCAAGGAGGCGGUCAGGCUGCUUGGGUCGCUUUGGAACAGGCGCUUCUAAAAUCUACCGAGUUAGAACACGUGAAUCCAGAUGAGGCAGAUAAGAUAUGGCCUAAUGCGACCGCGUAUUUGGGGACAAACUCUCGCGUCAGGGCACUUCGAGCGCGAAAGUUGUUGGGUUGGAACCCAGUGGGCGGCGAUAUCCUUGAAGACAUUCCAGCGGUUAUUGCCUCAGAAGCUAAGGCACUGAACUUAACCAAGUAG